CCCAGCUGGAGCUUUACAAUCCCAAUUCUAUUCCAGUGCUGCCUACACCAUCUCAAUAGAUCUCUUUCACACCCCACCACCAACACCAAAACCUCUAUUCUCACUCCCCACUCCCUCCCUCCCUCUUCCCCAUCUCAUCCCAAACAGAAAAUACAAAGAGCAAGAUGUUAAUCACCAAACAAGCCAUCCCAAGCGAUGCCCCCACCCUCGCAACCCUCUACCUCCAAUGCUUCAACUCCCCCACAGAGCGCCACCUCUGGCCCGACGUGCCCCGUAUGCACGAAUGGUGGACUGCCACUUUUGCAGGGAAACUCAACAGACCUGAUGAAUUCCAUACUUUGAAAGUAGUGGAUACCGACAAGGGAGAUGAGAUUGUGGGCUUUUUGGAGUGGAAGUUGCCUGCUCCUAUCUCUAUCUCUACCUCUACUUCUGAGGGGAUACAGGGGGAUGAGGAGGAUGAGUAUCCGCCAUAUCCUGAGGAGGUCGGUGGAUUGGAUUUAUGGAAUAAGUUGUUGGUUGAGAUGGGGAGUAAGACGGUGCAGGUUAUGGGGGAGAGGAGGUUUUAUUUCCUAAACAUCCUAGGCACCCACCCCUCCUACCGUCGUCGAGGCGUGGCCUCGGAAAUGAUCAAAUGGGGAAUCGAUCGUGCGGAUGAGGAAGGAAUCGAGGCGUUUGUGAUUUCUGCUCCCAUGGCGAGACCGGUCUAUUUGAAGCAUGGGUUUGAGUUGGUGCUGGAGGGGGAGGAUCUUGGUGGGGAACAUGGCGAGUUUGUGCCGGGUUAUAUGCUUAGGAAGCCGAGGGUGGGUACUAAGGAGAAGAAGGUUGUGUGUGGG